CCCGGAGCUGACUGGCGACGAAUGUCGGCUUCUUGAGACUCCGAAGGAUGCCUGACUCGGUGCCAAAGGAGCCGACCUUUAGAUUCACCAGUCACCCAACCACCUCAUCGUUUGCGGUCAACCUUCACACGUAUGUGUCCAAUGACCCCGGCCGGAAGACCAAGUCAGGCGCAACUGUAAAAUUCAAUUACGUCGCAGUCGGGGCUUUGAUAUUCGAUUCGUCUGAGCCAGAGCGUAUAUUGCUCGUCCAGCGCGCCCCAGACGACAGCGCGCCAAAUCGUUGGGAAGUUCCCGGAGGCGCAACUGAUCCUGAAGACCCAACGAUUCUCCACAGCGUAGCACGAGAGCUGUGGGAGGAGGCUGGGCUCACUGCAGAGACUAUCGGCCCCGAAGUUGGUGAGGGUCAGGUAUUUCUCACGAGGUCGGGCAAGUUAGUCUGCAAAUUCCACUUCUUAGUGGAAGCGAAAAGGGGCACAAAUGGUGCAUUGAACGUCAUGCUAGAUCCACGCGAGCAUCAGAACUAUGUAUGGGCUACGGAGGAAGAGGUCAAGGCACGACGUGUAGGUAACAUGGAGCUCCAAUUCACCGGCCUACAGCAAGAAAACGCUAUCCUGCACGGAUUCCAAGCAAGAAAGGCGUCGAAGGAGGCAAAGGGAAAUUGACGGCAAGCUUGCGCCUUCAGCCAGUAGAGGUCUCAACACCAAAACAGGCAUUACGCUAGACAGAAUGAAUCAGCCUCAACUCUGGCUGCGAUAGCUACUCAUACUUGUGCACUCUGUCCAUCUCACAGCACGCGGUCCCAUCGCUCGACAACGCGCAAUCGCUAGAGUACCAUCUGGUGCAGUUGCUCGACCAUAACACCAUAUAUCUUCAGCUCUUCAUUGCUC